UCAAACUCGCAUCGCCCAACGCAUUUCCGCGCUCGUCAGUUGUACCCAGCGAAACCUCCCUGCAUCGAAGACGCGCUUGGAAAGUGAGUAGAGUUUUCUCCGAACAGAAAAUAAACCACAAAAGCCCCAAAAAUGGUCCGCACCAAGGUGUCCCGUGCGGCUACCAAGCGCGGUCAGAACAGUUCCGACUCGAAGCUGUACAUUGAGAUGAAGCUGCGCGAUUUUGACGUCAUAUCCGAUUGCCAUCUGACCAACAUCGAGCUCAAGUUCCAGAACGAUAUGGACCGGCUGAACCGGGCGUUUGAGGUGAUGCGUUCGCGCAUCCCCAAAAACUUGCUCUCUCUCACGAUGGGCGAGCUGCGCGCAAUGCAAAAAGCAACGGAAGAGCUGAACACUUCGCCUCAGCUGAAUCAAACGGUUAGCGCUAACAUGAGCGCCCUGCUGGAGAAAUCUUGUCGCAAAAAGUCCAAAGACGAUGGUUACCUUACAGAGGAGAGCGAGCAGGGCGACACGUACCGGAUGGGAUCGCUCAAGCCGUCGUCUAAGGCACGCUUUGGUCCGCUGAUGUCGGCCAGAACACGGCGCCGCAGCAAAUCUACCAGCGCGAUCGCGACACCGACCGUUAACCGCACGCUGUUCAUGCCCCAGAGUGCAAUGGCCGGACGAAUGCAGCAGCCAGGAUCGACCGUGAAAGCCCUUACAGCGGCCGCAGUAGCAGCACCACCGCCGGGUUCGGAACGUACUUCCCGUUCGAAGCUGAAGAGCUCGCUCGCAACAAAUCGCCCCAAAGCGAUCAGUGCCGAUCGGGGCUACGGUGUGAUCACGCCAAAGGUACAACCGUACGCCGCCCUGGCAAUGAUCCGGCACGCGAAACAGGGCGAGUCGGUUUUCUCGCUCACAGGCAGUCCGGUCGUUACCGCGAACAUGCUGGAGUCGAGCGCCAACGUAAAUAUCCCCGUGUCCAACGGUAUGAUUGCCAUCAGACCGACCGAGCUGGACGUGAUCGAUGAAUCGCUCAUACGCAAGAUCGACCCGAACGUGCUGAUGGAGCUGAAGCAGCUGCAGACGAAUCUGGACAAAAUCAUGAGCACGCUUAACCUUUCCUGAGAAGAGCGAGCCGCUCAGCCGCCGUGUAAGUGUAGUAGUUUUCCGGGGGCCCUUUUUCUCUGCUAUUAGUUUUUAACACACAUCAACGUCGUGUUUUAUGUUGAUAAAUCAUUUCUCUCUGUCUCGUAUUAGUAUUAUAAGCUAUUUUAUUCAGACUGAAUAAACGUACCAAUUUGAAUCACCACAAAAAUUCUAUUAAAUCUCCUA